CCCCAAGGCCCAGAGGACCAACCGCUUCGACCCGUGCCCGGGCGGCGGCAGUGUUGGCCGGCGAGGCGAGGAGGGCCGGGCCCCCACGGUGGGGCGAAAAGCCCUGAAACUUUCUCUCAGUUCCUUCCGGUGCGCCUCCCGCUCGCCCUUGCGGGGGCCCUGAGGGUGGAUUCAAGGCCCCGCGAGAAGCCAUCUAACGCGGCGACGACUCUUCUCAGCCCCACGGGAACGGCUCGGACGCCGCGUCCCUCUGCCGGACAAGAAAACAGCCAUUCUAGAAAGCUUCGAAAAGGCCACACUAGAUUUAAUUAGAAAUGUUAAGAUUGCCCAAAAAAGGAUUACCUAGGUUUGAGCAAGUUCAAGAUGAAGAAACCUACCUGGAAAAUUUAGCAAUACAAAGAAAUGCAUCUGCUUUUUUUGAAAAAUAUGAUCGGAGUGAAAUACAAGAGUUACUAACUACUGCACUAGUUAGCUGGUUGUCUGCCAAAGAGGAUGUUCGCUCUCAAGUAGACCUCCCAUGUGGAAUUAUGAGUCAAAUGAAUAAUGUAGGCUUCUCCACUGCAAUCCUACUGACUCCCGUGGACCCUACUGCCCUCUUAGACUAUAGAGAAGUCCAUCAGAUGAUAAGAGAGUUGGCUAUUGGAAUUUAUUGCCUAAAUCAAAUCCCUUCCAUCAGUUUAGAAGCUAAUUAUGAUCAGAGUUCUUCUUGUCAGUUACCUCCAGCUUAUUAUGAUACCAGAAUUGGGCAAAUUCUGAUCAAUAUUGACUACAUGCUGAAAGCAUUAUGGCAUGGAAUAUAUAUGCCCAAAGAAAAACGAGCUAGAUUCUCUGAAUUGUGGCGUACCAUCAUGGACAUUGAUCCUGAUGGAAAACCUCAAACAAAUAAAAACAUUUUUUCAGAGUUUAGUUCAGCAGGUUUGACUGAUAUUACAAAGGAUCCAGACUUUAAUGAAAUCUAUGAUGAAGACGUGAAUGAAGAUCCAACAUAUGAUCCUAAUAGCCCUGAAGAAACAGCUGUAUUUAUGAAAUAUGCUGAAAAUAUUAUGCUAAAGUUAACAUUCAGUACCACACAAGUUCAACAGUAUGAAAAUGUCUUUAUAUUUGAAACAGGCUAUUGGCUUACUAAUGCUAUAAAAUAUAAUCAGGAUUAUCUUGAUAUCUGUACCUACCAGAGACUACAGCAAAGAUUAUAUCUUCAAAAAAAGAUUAUUCAAAAACACUUUGAGAAGAAAAAAGAUAUCAGAAGAGGGAUAGGAUACCUAAAGUUAAUAUGUUUUCUGAUUCCAUUUCUACUGAGUUUAAAGAAGAAAAUGAAAGUUCCAUAUUUAAGUAGUCUGCUUCAGCCUUUUUCAGAUGACAAGGUCAAGACAGAGCGAGAAUUGCCUCCAUUUAUUUACGGAAGAGAUUUUAAAUGCCAGAAUUUUCACUACAAAGAGAAUCAGUAUUUUCAUGUUCAUGGAGGAAUUGAAUUUGAUAUCAGCACCCCUUCAAUUGAGAAUGCCUUGGAAGAUUUUCAGAAAAAUUUAGAAAAAAUACGAGAUUGUGCUGCUAAUACAUUUAUAGAAGAUUCAGGAUAUAAAGAAUAUUACUCAAUACCAGUCAUGGAAUUUCAUGGAAAAAGCUACUAUGUGAUCUAUUUUGAACUAGAAACUUUCUAUCAGCAACUAUAUAAGACACAGUGGUGGGGAGCCAUAAAUGAAAUAGUGAACAAUCUGAGACUGAAAAGACUUCCACUGACAGAUGCUCAAUUACAUGAACAAUUUAAGAAAAAAUUUGGUUUCAAAAGAGCUAUGAAAUGCAAGAGUAUUCCAUUUGGUAUGAAGUCUGCUGUUGAAAGAGGGUUGUCUGCAGUUUUCCAUACAUUUAGCCAUACAACCUCAAGCUCAACAAUCAAUGUUUCAGAUGAAGCAGGUUAUACUAUUUUUCAUCAUGCUGCCCUGCACAACAGAGUUUCUAUCAUAUGUCAACUGUGCAGUGCUAACUUUGAGGUCAACCAGAGGCGCUUUGUUACGUUCAGUCAAGGGCUACCCAUUGGCAGAUACUUACAAGGAGCCAGAGGACAGAGGUUGCUUUUUCUGCAGGUGCAGGAGAGCCAGGGUGGUAAAGGAGGUCUAACACCUCUACACCUUGCUGCACAGGCUUGCUCAUUAGAAACAACAGUUUGUCUACUGUGUUCCAAAGCUGAUUACACGCUUUCUGAAAAAAGAGGCUGGAUGCCGAUUCACUUUGCCGCUUUCUAUGACAACAUUUGCAUCAUUAUUGCUCUCUGUAGGAAGGAUCCUAGUUUGCUAGAAGCUGAGGCAACAGCUGAGAAUCAGUGCACCCCACUGUUACUUGCUGCCACUUCAGGAGCACUGGACACUAUUCAGUACCUGUUUUCUAUCGGUGCUAACUGGAGAAAAACAGAUAUUAAAGGAAAUAAUAUAAUCCAUUUAUCAGUGUUAACCUUUCAUACAGAGGUUCUCAAAUAUAUAAUAAAAUUAAAUAUUCCUGAACUCCCAGUGUGGAAAACUUUGGUAGAAAUGUUACAGUGUGAAAGCUAUAAACGAAGGAUGAUGGCUGUCAUGUCCUUGGAAGUAAUUUGCUUAGCAAAUGAUCAAUACUGGAGAUGUAUUUUGGAUGCAGGCACUAUUCCUGCCUUAAUCAAUCUAUUAAAAAGUUCCAAAAUAAAACUGCAGUGCAAAACUGUUGGGUUAUUGAGUAAUAUCUCAACCCACAAAAGUGCAGUGCAUGCUUUGGUAGAAGCGGGAGGCAUUCCAUCUCUAAUCAACCUACUGGUUUGUGAUGAGCCUGAAGUACACUCUCGCUGUGCUGUCAUUCUAUAUGAUAUUGCUCAAUGUGAAAACAAGGAUGUUAUUGCCAAAUACAAUGGAAUCCCAAGUCUGAUAAAUCUAUUGAACUUAAACAUAGAAAAUGUGCUAGUAAAUGUAAUGAACUGUAUACGGGUAUUAUGUAUAGGAAAUGAAAACAAUCAAAGAGCUGUGAGAGAACAUAAAGGCCUCCCAUAUCUUAUCAGAUUUCUGAGUUCUGAUUCAGGUUUAUUUAACUUGUUCUUAAAUUCAUUUGAAGAUGUGUUGAAGGCUGUAUCUUCUGCUGCAAUUGCUGAGGUUGGGCGUGACAAUAAGGAAAUUCAGGAUGCUAUAGCUAUGGAGGGAGCGAUUCCUCCUCUGGUGGCUCUUUUUAAAGGGAAACAAAUUAGUGUCCAAAUGAAAGGUGCAAUGGCUGUGGAAUCACUGGCAAGUCACAACCCUCUUAUACAGAAAGCAUUUCUGGAAAAAUCAUUAACUAAGUAUCUUUUAAAACUCCUAAAGGCAUUUCAAAUAGAUGUUAAGGAACAAGGAGCCGUUGCACUUUGGGCCUUGGCAGGACAAACACUAAAACAACAAAAAUAUAUGGCAGAACAAAUUGGAUACAGCUUUAUAAUAAAUAUGCUUUCGUCACCAUCAGCUAAAAUGCAGUAUGUUGGAGGUGAAGCUGUCAUAGCUCUAAGUAAGGACAGCAGGAUGCAUCAAAAUCAAAUAUGUGAAGGGAAUGGAAUUGCACCAUUGGUUCGCUUACUAAGAAUUAGUACGAUCGCUGAAGGCACACUUCUCAGUGUCAUCAGAGCAGUGGGAUCCAUUUGUAUUGGUGUAGCCCAUACAAGCAAUCCUGUCAGUCAACAAUUUGUUGUAGAUGAAAAUGCCUUUCCAGUACUUAUCCAACUACUAAGAAAUCACCCUUCUCCUAACAUUAAGGUUGAAGUGGCAUUUUCCUUGGCAUGCAUUGUCCUAGGGAAUGAUGUGUUACAGAAAGACUUACAUGAAAAUGAAGGAUUUGAGUAUGCUGAUGUCCUUUAUCUUCUUCACUCAACAGAAAAGGAUAUUUGCUUAAGAGCAGGCUAUGCAUUAACACUUUUUGCCUUCAAUAAUCGCUUUCAACAAUACUUAAUAUUGGAAAGUGGAAUAAUGACCAUAUCUAUUUUUGAACGUUUUCUUGAAUCAACAGUUGAAACUGAGAAGGCAAUGGCAGCAUUUCAGAUUGUUGUAUUGGCUAAAGUCAUUAGAGAUAUGGACCAUAUUACUUUGUCUGCAAGAGGUGUUACUAUUUUAGUUGAUAGUCUGUAUUCAGUUCAGACUUCUACUAUUGUCUUGACAGGGAAUUUAAUAGCAAGCCUGGCUCAUUCUAGAGCUGGUAUCCCAGAAGCAUUUACCACAUUAGGAACAAUCCAACGGCUCUGCUAUCAUUUGUACUCAGGAAUAGAAGAGGUUCGUGCAGCUUGUUCUUCUGCUCUUGGCUACUUAACAUACAAUGCAAAUGCUUUCCGCAUCCUAUUAAAAGAAUGCAGGAAUAAACCUAAUCAGUUCAUUCGUAUAAAAAAUAAUAUCAGCAGAGAUGCAAGUAUUAACCCAGCAUUUUUAAAGGAAUUUCAAAUGCAACAAACACUGCUGGGACUUCCUUCCUUAAGUCUGGAGAAGAACGGAGGACCAUCCAUAAUUCCUAUCUUUAAAAAAGGGAAGGAGCACCGAAGAAAAUUAAAACCUAAAAUUCAACCAAAAGAUUCUUUGACUUUAUUACCUCCUGUAACUAACUUCAUGGGACUCUUCAAAGCAACAAAAAAGACCAAGGAUUCCCAUAAUAUUUUUUCUUUUGCAUCUACAAUUACAUCAGAUAUCACAAAUGUAUCAAGACCAAGAACAGUGUGUUUAAACCAACUUGGGAAACAUGUCCAGAAAGCCAACCCAGAGCCUGCAGAAGGCUAAUAAAACAUUUUAGUAUGAAAGGAUUCCUGAGCCAUCUUUUAAAAAUUUUUUUAUUUUUAAUAAUGGUAAUAUGCAAAUAACAUUAACUGAAUAAUCUUUUUGAAUGGAA